GGUUCUGAUUGGCGGCAUGCUCGUGUGGUAAUGAAGCCAAAGAUGGACGCGGGAUAAGGAGCUUUCUUUGGAUCGCUAAAGAGUUUCGGGCCUGCACCUGAUUGUCUUCCCCGCGCAUUUUUCAUAGUCCCUGCCAUGGAGGCCAACCUGUUGGAAGCAGGGACGUCUAUGGACAGCCUUUGCAUUGAGGCAGGGCAGCGGAGCCCGAGGUUGGAUCGGAGCAAAGAGAAGAAACAAAAGCGAGGAGUCACUUUCAAGACCUGCUCACUGCCUGGCUGGCCUGCAGGGCUUCAGUACACGCAUACUCCAGACCUAGCUGGACUCUCACCUGGCGACCGGAGGCUGAUCCGUAUGGACUACCUUCCGGGAGUUACCAUCAAGAAGAUAGACGACAGGGCCCACCCGGCCUACGGACAGAAUGGCCUCUUCGCCUCCAUGGAGUUCACAGUUGGGGAUGUGCUGGGGGAAUACACGGGGAAGAUUGUGCCUGGACACUGCGGAGGAAACUAUGUAACACGGCUCUGGAACUCGGGGCAUGACUCGGACUAUUUUCGUCCUGGAGUGGAUGCGGAGGUGAUGGGGAACGAGCUUCGGAUGAUCAAUGACUAUCGGAGCGUUCCUGGGGCCACCGGGCCAAAUUGCAAGUUUUCUAGGACGACCUUGAGAGGGUACAGAGCAGCCCUGAUUGUAGCUAUCAGGAAUGUCGCGCCAGGCGAGGAAUUCUUGCUGGACUAUGGCGAGGUUUACUGGCAUGGCUGGCGGCCCUCUCACACUCACUUCUCUGGCGAGUCAGAGGAGACGUAUGAAGACGGUUCUUCCCAGAAUCUUGAAGAGAGGGCGGUCAGUGCUGUGCUGCCCGAGGACCUUGAGGCUCUAGAGAACGAGCUUCGUGAGAUGGUGUCGCAAGCGACCGAGGAGUCUGUAAGGGCAUAG